CUUUAAAUAAUUUGCUCUCUGUGCAAAACCAGAGACAAUCUAACCUCUUCUGUUCCCCAGCAAAAAUUUAAGGCUAAUAAAUUCAAAAUGUUAAACCUUUUUUCGGCAAUUUUAUUUUUGCUUCGCUUUGGCAACUUCGUGAGAGAUUUUCGUAGUAUCCGACGAACAGCAACACAGCAACAGCAACAGGUUGCUAAGAAACGUGGUUUUAGGGGUUAAGGGGGCUGGAAGCCCCUGCUUCUAGUUCCAUUCAACUUCAGCCUAAUGCGUAAAUUUAGUGAAUGGUCAAUAAGUGCAGACGAAAGAGGAGAACCCCGACGUUGGUGAUGUGGCCGUCGCAGUGGCAAUGUGUUACUGUGGUGCAGUUGCUGCUGCAACUGAGUGACAUGUUAAUUAGUCGCUUACAUGACAGCAGUUUGCUGCCAAGGCAUUGCCAAAAUGCUAAUUUCCACAUUGGGCAACCGCUGAGACGCGGAAAAGCGCGGAAUAUGGAAAACGAGCCGGGUUCGCGGAGUUGUGCAAUUUAUAAUUGAGCAAUUUGCCAGAGACUGAUUUAUUUGUGGAUCCCCAAAUGGGAUUAAAACGGACUGUGUCUCUCGAAUGCAAUAUGAAUUGCUGGGAAAACAAGAUCAAAUGUACCAACAACAAGACGGCUGAAAAGCACCUGGUUUGUGGUUAAUAAAUCUUCAAAAAUGCAUCGAAUUUUUAACCUAUCUCACAAUUUUGUUUGUAUAAAAUCGGUUAGUCUUUAUUACCGUUUUAGGGAGUGUGUCGAAUUACUCGUACGAUACUCCUAAAAAAAAUAAAACGAGAUUUAGUUCCUAAGUAACAUUUACUCUCUCAAGUUAUAACAUUGAAUGUUCCAGCUCGCGAUCAAUUUUCUAUACGCCUUUUUGGCCUGCGGUCAUUAUGGAAUCCACGCAAAUGAUGUGUGUCCUCGAAUGUCAACGCACAAGGAAGUGUGUCUUGUUGAACUAGACCCAGUGCUCCAGUACAUUUCCAACAACCAUAAGAACCACUGGAACUCUGCUAACGCCAUUCAAAUAAAUGUAACCCGGAAACAACUGACUAAGAUUGAAGGUCAGGAGAAAGAAAUAAACGACAAGUUAAAAGUAAUACAGGAAAAAAUGGAUAGCGAAUUUAAUGCUCUAAAAGCGAAGACAAAGAAUGUAAAAAAUAUUCAACGGGAUUUGGCAAGUCUGGAGCUGCAAUUGCAAGAGACGAGGAUAGCCCUUAACCUUUCUGUGGAAGCCAAAAAAGUGAUGCCGAAAGUAGAGAUCCCUACCAAUUUUCAGAAAAUUGGCUGGAGGCAUUUUUUCAUCGAGAAUAAACACAAAGUGAAUUGGUUUGAAGCAACGAGCAAGUGCCAUAAAAUGGGUGGUCACCUGCUGACAAUCCAGAGCGGAGAGGAAUUAGGUGCUAUUCGUACGGAACUUGAGGUCAUCCAAGAGAAAAACCCUGACUUCUGGCUGGACAUCAACGACAUUGCCAAAUGGGGCGAAUUCGUUUCUUUAACAACUGGAGGGAAUCCACCUUUCUUUAAAUGGCAGAAACUCAGGCCUCAGGUGAAAAUUCAUCAGCGCUGUGUUUACUUACAUGGUGGAGAAAUGAUGGAUGGAAAGUGCAGCGAACAUUUUUUUUUUAUUUGCCAACUUGCAGUACAUUAAUAGAAUAUAUUGAUGCUGCACACUAUGUAAUUAAUUUUUAUGGAUUUCUUAUACGCGAGACGAUCUCUUACGCUUGGAUGAUGUGUAGUAAAAAUAAACAGUUUUGUUGCAUAAAAAUAGAUCGUUCCGGUGUGUUACCUGAAUACGAGGU